AUGGGCUCUGACCCCCAGGGGCCAGGGGAAGGCUUUGGAGAGACAAAACCUCCAUGUUCCUAUCACUCAGGACCUCAGGGUGACAGGUCCGAGGCUUCCCCCUCCGACCCUGGCAAGUGCCCAGGGCGGGGCGGGACCCCCUUCCGCUCUGUGCGCUCUGAGCGCUCUGAGUGGCGUCAGAUGUCCCCAGGCCUAAGGACCUCCCCUCGGCCUGAGCCAGCCCCGGAGCCGCCGGCCGCGUCCACGCGAGCCCCGCGCCUGGAGUCGUCCCUUCCUGGGCCACCCGGGGCCACUCUUCGCUCGGGUACACGGGAAAGAAGAUACCCUCCGUGGAUUAAAAAAUUAAAAAAAAAACCUGUUGGGGUGAAGGAGGGAGGUGGGGUUUGUCUGCGCGCGUGUUGGACUCCGGAGAGGACUCGGGAGCCCGCGCGCGGCCGUCGCCUCCCGGCCGGGCCAUGGACCGGCGGGAGGAGGGCGCAGGGCGCCGGGGCUGCUCAGACCCCUAGCCGAGUGCUCCUUCGCCACCCAGUUCUGCGUGGGCCUCCGGGCCUCAGGACGGUCUCUUCUUCGCCCAGACGGCGCCGGGGAGCGGAGGAUCGGCGCUCCGGGUCUCCAGGAUGUGCCCGUCUGAGAUGGGGACGCUGUGGCACCACUGGUCCCCUGUGCUCAUCAGCCUGGCCGCCCUGCUCUCCAAAGAGGUCCUCCAUUCCCCAGUAUGGGUAUCUUGUUAAUUGCCCAAUGGGAGCCUCACGUCUUCUUUUGGUAAUGAUGGAACUCCCAAGUUUCAGCUCGACUCAUGGACACCCAACUGAAGACGACAUUUCCCAUCUUCUCUUCCAUGUCAGUGAGACCAUCAUGCAACUCAGCUCUUGCCAAUGUGAUAGUAGAAGUAAUUGAUGACUACACAGGGCAUCCCACUAAAAAGACUGGAUGAGUGUUCCCUGGUUCUGUGAUUCCUGCUGGCAGGGAUGCAGAUGUGAUGGUGAGGACUGAAGCAGCAACUUUGGAUCCAAAGGUGGAAACCAUGAGUUGAGAGAUUCUGAACCGCCCUCCUGGCCCCAGACUCUCUACAUUGAGGGUGUAAAAAAGUGAACUUGUGUCUUGUCUAAGUCAUUGUGUUUUGAAGUCACUUAAAAAUAAUAUUUUAAUUGAAAAAUAAAAAUUAUACAUAUUUAUCCUGUA